AUGCCUGCCCAGAAGCGUUCGUUCGAGACUUCUCCUCCUCGCUCUCCUCCGCCACCGUCACCGCCCGAGGAAGAGAACGCCGAUGAUUCGCACCAGAAUCAACAUCCCGAACAAGCCGAUAAAGGAGAUGAUUCGAAUGACAGUCUUUCCUCUAGCGGAGGAGAAAAAGACGAAUUUAUCACUGUGAAAUUGGCAGAAAUACGGAAGGAAGUUCAGUGUCCAAUAUGUUUGGGUAUUAUUAGGAAGACAAGAACAGUCAUGGAAUGCUUGCAUCGUUUCUGCAGAGAAUGCAUCGACAAAUCUAUGCGGCUUGGGAACAACGAGUGCCCUGCUUGCCGCACACACUGUGCUAGUCGCCGCUCUUUGAGAGAUGAUCCAAACUAUGAUGCACUCAUUGCUGCUUUAUAUCCAGACAUUGAUAAGUAUGAGGAAGAGGAAUUUGCUUUCCAUGAAGAGGAGAAGACUCGCAAUAAGCAGAUCCAAGCCUCAAUUGCCCAGACUUUUCAACGACAGUCAGAAGCACUAGGAAGGAAACGGACGUCAGCCAGAGCCACAGCAGCGGCAUUUGUUAGGAGACAGGGCACAUAUCGAAAUUUGAGGGCUCGGAGAAGCCAUCGAGUUGUUGAACACCAAGGAUCUGAUGAGGAGGAAGGUUCUGAUGGGCAAGAUAGUGGCAAAGACUCAUCUUCUGCUGAUCAGCAUUUUACAGAAGUCAAACCGAAAAGAUACAAAAGAUCGAGAGGAAGUAGAGUUUCUCAGCCUUCAUCGGUAGCCAAUGCUGAUGCAAGCUGUGGUGAAAAUGAUUCAGAUGUAAACAGAGAAUUUCUGGGUGUAACAGUUGGCCUUGUUGGCAGCUCUGAAAUUCUUGGUUGGGGGAAAGGUGGCAUGCGUAGUAACACCCGUCAUGGUGGUCUGAAUGGGGCCAGUAGCAAGCUUUCUAGGAGUAACCGACUCCCAAAGCUAAUUGACUGUCUCCAACGUUCAGAUGAAAAUGAUGAGUUAAAAAUCAGUCUCUUGCUCGUUUCUUUGCACGAAGAGAAAAUACCCAGCUUGCAACGACCUUACCUUUGCUGCAGCUCAACAUCAUCCGUUGGACACUUGUGCCAGUAUGUUGCUAUGCGAACAUCCAUGGAAGCUACUGAAAUCGAGAUGCUAGUAAUAAAAGAUAUUCAUCCAACAAUAAACUCCUCAAGCUUCGGGAAGGGAUUCAGUAUUAUAAAUCCUUACAACAAUGAAAUGCACUUGUUGAAAGAGCAUCAGACCUUGGAGGAAAUUCAUGCCAGUUAUACUCAGCAAAAUCUGGUUCUAGCAUAUCGGCAAAAGGCACAAGGUUGA